AUGGCCCUUACAGUCACCAAAGAAGUUCCAGCUGACUACAUACGGCCUUCUUUCCCAUCCCUCUACUGGCCGAUCAAUCCUUCACCCGGUGAAUCUCAAUUCCUCUACUACCAAUCCGACAUAUGGCGUUUCACCCUUUACUGGACCCUCCUCACCUAUGCCGCGGUGCACCUCUCAGCCUCCCUCUGGGCAGUCCUGAUGCAACUGCGGUCCGCGUUGACGACCAAGACGACGCCAUGGGGGGCGCCGAACAAGAUCAGACAGACAUUGUUAUGGGUAUGGGUAAUACCGGUGGUGUACCUAUUGGUUGCUGGAAUCGAGGGGGUCUUCGCUGGAAGCGUGGUUGGACUAAUACUUGGAGCGGUCUACAAUGCUGGAUAUUUCAAGAUGAGCACUUGGAUGCCCUUUCUAUGGGGCUUGCUCAAUGUGUCUGUGCUCAUCCUGAGCAGCUUCAGCAUUCAGGGUGGAUUGUGA